CCCAUUCUAAGGUUUUCAGCUCUGACUGUUUUUUUUUCAGGGGACGAGAAGGCUCAAGGAGUUGUGCUUAAGGCAAUAUUCUAUGGUUACUGGAAAUCCUUAACUCCGCUACAAACCGUGUUUCUUCCCUGCAUGGUUCUAUCCACAGCAGAGAAUAUUCAUUUCCAGGAGCUUGGUGUACAGGUUUGGGUUAAUUAUGUACAGGCUAGAUUGCCCAAUGAAGACCCUCUAAGAAUAAUUCAAGAAAUCUUUAAAAGAAACUUGAACGUUAUACAGAGAUUUGGAAGAUUUCCACACAGAAACAGGGUGCUCGGCAGAAAAUCCACAGAAAAAGAGGGGCAGUAUUUAGAAGAUGUUACUGCUCAUUUUGAUGAUCCUUUAAAGUUUGACCAGGAGGGAAACUUUGUACGCGAGGCGAGCAGCAAGGAUGAGACGCCAUGGCCUGAACUGGAUUUUUCAACAAAAAUAGACUCUUUAAAAAUAUGAAAAAAGAGGAAUGAAAUUAUUUUUUUAAACUAUAAAAUGUCUUUAGCGUAAUAUUUAUUCGAAGCUUGUAAUUGUAUAAAUUUGACACUUAAAUUUUUGACUAUUUUAAAUUGUAUUUUUU